AUGGAAGUCACUCGGUGCGGUAUUCACGGUUUCCAUGAAACCCUUGGGAUCGACACUGAUGAGAUUCGUUUCUUCUGGGUCCUUGAAGGUGGCUGUUCGAGGUCAGAGCAGACUGCCUACCGUAUAGCAGUGUCUUCUGAGAAGAAGGGUCUCGAGGAGCAGCCGGAUGCCUGGGACUCUGGGCGUGUUGAGAGCGAUGCGCAGCGCAACAUUAUAUGCAAACCCGAGUCCGGUUUCAAGUCAACGACAACGUACUACUGGCAAGUGACAGUCUGGGACCAGGAAGGUAAAGAGUCGAAGAGCGCUGUCAAUGAUUUUUAUACCUCGUACCCGCGCUCAUCGAGGCUACUUCCUCCGUAUAGCAUGAACCAAACUUAUAUGCCGCACACUAAUCUCAUCUUCCGCACCUGGUUCGAAAAUGAGGCGGACCGAUGGAAAGCCGUCUGGAUUGGAAACGGAGGCGACAAGCCAAUAUACCUCCGCAAAUCGAUCCAACUGUCUUCUGCUAAACGCGUCGAGAAAGUAGUCAUCUUCGCUUCAGGGCUGGGUCACUUCAAUCUCUUCGUUAACGGAAAGCCUGCCUCGACGCACGUUCUCGACCCCGGAUGGACAAACUACCACCGGACCGUGCAAUUCGUCGGCUACAACGUAACGCCGCAGUGGAGCGAGAAGGAGAAUGUGAUCGGAGCACAUGUCGGUAACGGUUUCUACGCGGGCGAUCAAGGGGACCGGUUCUUCUGGCCAAUGUACGAGGACAACACGUACGUUCGGUACGGGAAUGAGCUGUGUUUCUUCGCGGAGAUCCAUGUGCACUAUGACGACGGUUCCCAUGAAACGAUCAUUUCUGACCCAAGCUGGAAGGUGCGCAAGAGCGCGACGACGCUGGCCAAUAUAUAUGCCUCUGAAGAUCAUGACCGGCGGGGGUAUCCAUUUGGGUGGGAUACACCAGGCUAUGAUGAUAGCACCUGGGCCUCUGCUAAGCCGUUGACUGGGCCUAGAGGCAAACUUCGAUACCAGAGUCAGCCGCCAGUUAUCCUACACAAUCUCUUCACCCCAGUUAAGCACAAGCAGCUCCGGCCCGGGGUGACAAUGUUCGAUUUGGGCCAGAAUUCCAGUAUCAUGCCGCGUGUUGAGGUCAGUGGGCCUGCUGGCUCAGAGAUCAUCAUCCGGUACUCAGAGACGGUCGACGAUGUGGGUUCAGUGUUUAUGCCCGAUCCUUUGUUCAAAGAGUUCGAGUAUGGCGUGUAUUCCAAACUCAUACUAUCAGGGACUGGGGUCGAAAUCUGGACACCAGACUUCUCUUUUACAAGCGCACGGUAUAUUCAGAUUGAAGGUGCGUCGCUCGACGAGACCGACAACCUCCCAACAAUCCAUUCUGUCAGUGCUCGACACAUCUCGUCGGCUGCAAGGCAGCUUGGAUACGUCAAAACAGAUAGGAAGGACGUGAAUGACCUAAUAAAUGCCUGUUACUGGACGUUCUCCUCAAACAUCUUCAGCUACCACACAGACUGCCCACAAAUCGAGAAGUUCGGCUGGCUCGAGGUAACUUCACUCCUUGCACCGGCGACUCAGUACGUUCGAGAUAUGGAAGCUGUUUACUCCAAAAUCCUGGACGAUAUCAUCGAUACCCAGGAAUCAAACGGUCUUGUGCCCACAAUGGCACCAGAAAUCAGAUACAUGUGUGGUCCGCUCCACGACACGAUCACUUGGGGCUGCGCAAUUGCAUUUCUUCCGGAACUGAUCAAGCGAUACUAUGGCUCAACGGAAGUAUUCGGCAAGAUAUAUCAGCCUUGCAUUCGGUACAUGGAGUACAUGAAAACAAAAGAGCGACAAGGAGGUCUAAUUGAGCACGGACUCGGCGAUUGGGGCCGCGAUAUUGCGUUCGGGAACCACCAGGCGAACAUUGAGACAGCAGUGUACUACCGAUGUCUACGCAACGUUGCCUUAAUGGCCAAAGAACUGGGCCAAGCAGACGAUGAAGCGAAAUUCACCGCGUGGGCGGAACGGAUUUAUGCUGUGUAUAACAAGCACCUCCUGAUCAAUGACAAAGCUUCUCGCCCAUACGCCUUCUACACCUCACUCGACAAUCCAGGUACCUACGAUUGCACGAUGGUCGCGCAAGCUGUCGCUCUGCAAUUCGGUCUCGUUCCUGUAGAGCACCGGGCAGAGGUGAUAAAAGCCUUCCUGUCCGCCUGCGAGGCGUCAGGAAAUCGCAUCGAGGCCGGCGAAAUAGGCCUAAAGUACCUUUGGAACACACUCGCAGAACCGGAUGUCGACCGCCCAGAUAUUGUGCUGGCCAUGGCGCGGCAGGAAGAGCAUCCCAGUUAUAUGCGGUUUCUCCGACGGGGCGAAACGACGCUUCUUGAGUUCUGGCAAGAUGCGUGCCGCUCAAAGUGCCAUGAUAUGCUGGGAACAAUAUAUGAAUGGUUCUAUGAAGCUGUACUUGGCGUGAAGCCGGUCGGGGAUGCGUAUAAAACGUGGACAUUGCGGCCACCGUUUGUGAGUGAGUUUGGACUUGUGGAGGGAGAGGUUGACUGUCCGUACGGGCUGAUCAAAGUGCGAUUUGAGAGAGGGGAAUCUGGAAAGGUCAGAUUGGAUGUGAGGAUCCCAACGAGUACGAACUGUAGGCUGGUUCUUCCUGUUGGUGCCAGGGUCGUUGCAGGACUGCCCACAAAGGUACGAGUCUCUUCGAAGAGCGAGAUCCAUCUACCACAAGGAGAACACCAGCUUGUUGUUUCUCUCUGA